CUCCUUUGAAGUUUCAACCUCGACCUAUUACGUACGAGUACUAUAUAUUGCAAUGCACCCUUGGUUAUUUCAACACACUCGCUACUUAUAACUUAUUACUAGCAAAAAUUAAAUGGCUUCUACUUCUAUGAUUAUCUCUUUUGCAUUUCUUGUUUGCACCUUGUUCUUGAUGAGCAAUACUUCUUCGGCUCAACUAACACCCAACUUCUACUCGAAAACUUGCCCGAAGGUUUCUGAGACCGUACGCUCAGUUGUUCGAGCCGCUGUGGCCAAGGAGAAGCGUAUGGGUGCAUCUCUCCUUAGGCUCCAUUUCCAUGAUUGUUUUGUCAAUGGUUGUGAUGGUUCACUUUUACUAGACGACACGUCUUCCUUCACAGGAGAAAAAACCGCGGGGCCAAAUGUUAAUUCGGUUAGGGGUUUUAAUGUGAUCGAUGAUGUCAAGAAGAAGGUCGAAAAAGUUUGCCCUGGUGUUGUCUCGUGCGCCGAUAUAUUAGCGAUUUCCGCUCUCGAAGGUGUUCUUGCUUUAGAUGGGCCUAGUUGGAAAGUUAAACUAGGAAGGCGAGACGCGAAAACAGCCAGCCUAGCAGCAGCCAACAGCGGCGUCAUCCCACCACCGCAAUCCACCCUAAGCAACCUCAUCAACCGAUUCCAAGCAGUAGGCCUCUCAGCCAAAGACAUGGUGGCUCUUUCGGGUGCUCAUACAAUCGGACGAGCGAGAUGCACCACAUUUAGAGCACGAAUUUACAACGACACCAACAUUGAUGCUUCAUUCGCUAGAACACGACAAUCUAGAUGCCCAAGAACAUCCGGUUCCGGUGACAACAACCUUGCACCACUUGAUGUAACAACACAGGACAACUUUGACAAUAAGUAUUAUCAGGACUUGAUCAGCCAAAAGGGCUUGCUACGUUCGGACCAGCAGUUGCAUAAUGGUGGCUCGACCGAUUCUUUGGUUGAACGGUACAGUAAAAGUGCUGGAAGUUUUUAUGCGGAUUUCGCAACUGCCAUGAUCAAGAUGGGUGAUAUUCGUCCCUUGACUGGUUCCAAUGGUGAGAUCAGGAAGAAUUGCAGGGUGGUUAACUCGUAAUUACAUGUUAAUUUGGAUAAUGUUUCAUUACUUUUGUUGGUUUGUCAAAGUGUGAUUUUUCUUAUUUGAGUCGUUGAGUGUGAUUUGUUUUAUUUAUCUUACAUUUAAACUUGGACAAGAAGUGUAAUUUAUUUCAUAUAGUCAAAUAUGAGCAUCUCUAAUAUUAUGUUGCUCUAUAGAUUUUUAUAA